GCCUCAGCAGCAUCGCCCAUGGCCCCUCGAAAGAAGGGCAAAGCCCAAAGCAAGGGCGAUGUGGUCAUGACGCCCGUGGGGAAGGAUGCCAAAGUCAAGAAGACCAUCAACAAAAGCCGGCGGCGAAAAGCCGCAGCACAAACUCCAGCGAAAGCUGUGCCUGAAUCCAGGAAACAGCGCCGAAAGCGCGUGGCUGACUCAGCUGUCGCAGGUAGUGAGGGUGAAGAGGAGUUGCGAAGGCGACAGGCAGAAGAGUGGAAAGCCAUGAAGGCGAAAGUGGCUGCUCUGAAGAGAGAGCGGCAAAAGCUGCCUACACGAGGCAGCAAAGAGAAGCGGCAGGCCAUGAACCAGGACAUCCGCCGGCUGCAGGAAGACAUGCAGGUGCGGCAUGUGGCCGAGCAGCGAGCUGCAGGUCUGGAAGUCACCACAAAGGACGACAUGGAACUCUGA